ACUUUAGAAUGUAUGUAAACAUCAGCUGACCUCCGACAACUGUUUUUAUAUGUUUUGAUAGUUGUAUAAUAAUAAAAUUUAAUGAAUAGUGAGAAAAAACUAUACAUAACUUACAUAAGAUAUCAUAAAUUAUCUAAGGUGUUUAAUUUAUAGUUAAGUAUUUUAAAACAAUGUCUGAAACAAGUACAAUGAAACAACCUAUCAGAAGAUUAGAAAUACCAAUAAGUAAAUUCGACGUAGCAAUACCACAUCAUUUAGAUUUAUUACGAAGACACAAAGAUAACAUUAAGAAAUAUCAAAGAGAUAAAGACUGGAAAAAAGUUCACAAGGAACAAACAAAUGCAUUGAGACUAGUCAAACAAUUAGAACAAUUACUGUAUGAAAUGGACACACUGAGAGGUCAAGUUGACGACAACGAUAUUGAUAAGUUUGAUAAACUUACACAUAAAUCUCGAUUUUCUACCAUUACUGCUAUUCAAGAAUAUCUCGAUAUGAAAUUAGAAUAUCCUAGUUCGUCUAUAUGUUCACCAUCAACACCAACUGAAGAAGACGGUGAACAAACUUAUCCUCUAGAUGACCGUUAUGUUCAAUUGCAAACAGAACAUGAUGAAAUCGAAAGACAAAAUGCGUGUUUGCAUGCUUGGAACUCUUUACAAAAUGAUCUCCAACAGUUACAUCAAUUAUUUAUUCAUAUGAAUAAGUUAAUUUAUGAUCAGAAACAUCAUGUAAAUGAAGUGGAGGACAAUGUCAUUGAAUCUCAUGAAAAUGUUGUAAGAGGAAACAAAUUUUUAGAAAAAGCUUCGAAGCUAAAAGUAGCAGCUUAUCCAUUAGCUGGUGCACUUAUCGGAACUUGUAUAGGUGGACCUGUUGGUUUAAUUGCUGGGGUUAAACUCGGCGGAUUGACAGCUUUAGGUUGUGGUAUUUUAGGAUUCACAGGAGCUUCAAUUUUGAAGAAAAAACAUCUAGAGAAACUUGAGAACGUCGAAGGAAUGGAAUUGCAAAUCAAAGACAAACCUGAUACCGACCAACAAUUGAUUAUUCAAGAACAAAAAAAAGAUUUGUGACAAACAAUCGAAUCUCGGACAAACAAGUCGAAUAAUAAGCAAUGCGAGAUAUUGUAGCCUUCUUUGCCUUUUUUAUGUACUCUAUCUUUAAUAAAUGUCGUUAUUUAAAUACAA